CUUUUGCAUUGGAGACUGCUUCUCCAGCGCUCGUUGUUGUUGGCGCCUCCUGGACAAGUGGCCUCUGGUCCUAUUGCGAGCCUCCCCCACCCCACCUCACCUCCCCCUCCCAACCAAAUCUAACCUGGAAACAGAGUUCUAGAUUUUGCUUCAAUAACAUUAACUCAGCCCACUCCUACCAAAUUGAACGGGAAAAUGCAGAAAACACAUCCGGCCAUUGUCAUUUUACUUCACAAUUUCUUCAAUUCUGCAUAUUGCAACAGUGUAAAGAUCGCCAGUUGGAAUAACUGUUCAACAGUGGAAAGUUGCCAAGUCUUGAUAACUUUGAGGGUGUGCGUGACAUGGUUAAAAAUUCAAUCCAGAACUGAAGGAGCUGACAGAGAAGGCAUGGAAUGAGUAUUUUUCAAAUAGUGAGAGACCUUGCUUCACAACCUAGCUCGCUCCCAAACAGUGAGACAGCAUAUAACUUCAUCUUUCUGCGAUGACCCAGCACGAGUAACCCAGACUGGACUAACAUUCUUUUAAUAGGAUUGACUUAAAGUUACAGGGUAAAAUUGAAGCCUGGAAUGCUCACUUUUAUGCAGUACAGGUGCAGUUCCUGACUCUGCAAUCCUCUUUUCAUUUUGGAGCCCCAGGUGUGGUUGCUAUGGAGCUUUGCAUUGGGUGAGGCAGGGAGGCCAUUUUAAAGUCGUUGAGAGAGGCAUUUGCUGCAGGUAAAAUUAGUUACAUUGGCUCAGGGGCUCGUUUGGGUGAAAAAUGCAUGGUGCAGUACUUACCCUUCAGGAAUCUGACUGCAAUUUUCUGAUUAAUUUUGGAGCCCUGAGUGUGGCCUUGUUCAACUUUGUAACCUCUGGGUGGAGGCAGGGGGGCCAUUUUAAAAUUGUUCGAGAUUGUUUCAAGCUUGUGAUUUAGUCCUUCAAUCCCUUGGAAUCACGCUUAAACAUGAGUCAAAAACAUCGAGCAAGUGAUGGUAGUGAAUCUGCUGUUGCUAAGAAAACAAGAAAAACUAUCUCUUUAGAAAUGAAAUUGGAGGUUUUGAAACGUUUUGAGGCUGGAGAACGAGCAGUGGCUAUUGGCAGAGCCCUUGGCCUACCUCCUACGACAGUGAGAACAAUCCGUGGUUAUGCUGACAAAAUAAAAAAAAGUGCACUAAGUGUUACACCUUUCAGUGCUGGCAGGAUAAGUAGGAGUAGAAGCAGCAUCAUGGAAAAUAUGGAAAGACUUUUGGAAGUCUGGAUCAAAGACCAAAACCAGCGCAACGUGCCUCUUAGUUUGAUGGUCAUCCAAUCAAAAGCUAAAAGCUUGUAUGAUGAAUUACAGAAUGAGCAGGGUGAGAGUUCACAGUCAGAAAGUUUCAGUGCUAGUCGUGGUUGGUUCGAGCGUUUCAAGAAACGUUCCUGUUUGCACAACAUUAAAGUGACCGGUGAAGCAGCUACUGAAGCAGCUGAUGAAUUUCCUUCCCAAUUGAAGAGAAUUAUUGAAGAAGGUGGCUACUCACCAGAACAAGUCUUUAACUUUGAUGAGGUAGGGCUUUCCUGGAAGCGUAUGCCACAGAGAACAUAUAUCUCCAAAGAGGGGAAGACCGAGUGUGCCAGCAACCACAAACGAUCACAUGACACUGUCCCUGAAGUUCAGCGUGAAAUUAUCACCUUGGCAAGGGAAGUUGGCUUUGAUGAAUUGGAAGAGGCUGACAUGGUGAAACUGCUUGGGUCCCAUGGAGAGAAAUCAUCCAGUGAAGAUUUAAUGCAACUAGAGAGUCAACAAGCUGAAGAGGAAGUUAGCACUGAAACACCACCCCCUCGAGUUUUGUCAACAAAACGACUGUCAAGAGCUUUCCAACUCAUUGAAGAGGCAAUGGAAAUCAUCACAGAGAAUGACCCAAACAAAGAGCGCAGUGCCAAAGUGAAGCGUGCAAUCAAUGAUGGCAUUAACUGCUACAAGGAGAUCUACCGACAGAAGAAAAAGGAGACCAUCCAACAGUCCUUGGAUAAAUUUUUCAAGGUCGUUGACGAUCCUGGUCCUUCGUCCCAUUAACUCCACCAGUAUCUGUCUGUUCAACCUACGCUGCCUUCAAUUCGAGACCAAAAUCACUCCAGCUUCAGUCAUCGAGUUUGUAUAUGCAGAAGACGUUUUAUGUGCACUCAUCUCAGAAAGCAUAUGAGAAAAUGGGCCUUUCACUAAAUACCUGGAAAAUGAAGGUCCUCUUCCAACCAGCUCCCAAAGCACAACACCUCUCCCCAUUGAUUAAGAUCAAUGGUGAGAUCUUAAACAAUGUGGAUCACUCUCCGUAUCUUCUGAGCUGCUUCUUGAUGAAGGCAGACAUUGACAACGAAAUUCAUCAUUGCCCCCAAUGUGCCAGCUCAGCCUUCAGCUGACUGAGAUUAAGAGCAUUUGAGGGCCAGGUUCUCAAACCUGAUCCUAAGGUCAUGGCUCACCGGGCAGCAGUGAUCCCUGCAGUCCUACCAAUGCUUCUGACACCUGGACCACCUGCAGCAAUCACCUCAAAGCACCAUCAGCAGUGCCUUCACAAGAUCCUUCAAAUCUAGUGGCAAGAAAGGCGGUCCAAUAGCAGUGCCCUCUCCCAGUUCAAUAUGCCAACCAUUGAGGCAUUAUCACUCAAUACACCACCUGCACUAUAACACUUUCGGAAUGCCCUCAAACCAUUCCAGAAGAGCUCAAAUAUCCCCACUGACUCAUGGCAGCCCCUGGCUGCUGACUGACCAAAAUGCAGCAGUUUCAUUUAGGAAGGCACUAAACACAUCGAGAGACUUCGUUGGGAGCAUGCAGAGGUGAAGUCAGGGCGUCGAAGAGAGUGCACAGACUUCCAAAGAACUCAGCUACCUGGCCCUCUAAGCAAUAUCUGUCCCACAAGUGACAGUGUCUGUAGAUGGUGCAUUGGACUUCAUUAAAGCAGAAUGGAAGCAAGUCAUUCUCAAACCUGAGGGACUGUCCAAGAAGAAAGGCAGAGUGGUAUCUCAGCCCUGAUGAAAGCCUGUCAACUUGCUUGCAAAGCAUUCAAACGUGCAGAAAAAAAGGCGAACUGCUGGUACCUUCUAGAGCAGGAGGACUGUUAUACAGAACUGAAGGCAGUUUGGGAUAUUGUACAUAGACUAGUAGAUUACAGAUGAACAGGACCACAGCAACUGAAGGAUCCAGGGAAGCAAUGCUAAUAAAAAGGUACCCCUGUGCACGGUUGCCAUCUCCCAAGGAGCUGAGUUUGUGUCUAACUAGCGGGCAAGCUAAUCCAAAUGAAUGGAAAUCCCCGAGGAGAUCCUGGCAUUGAUAUUUUCCUACUUGUCAGUGCCUGACAGGCACUCAGCCUCGCAGGUCUGCAGAAGAUGGGCAGAGGCUGUUGUUUCUCCUGCUGUGUGGUAUUAUACUGUAGUGAGGUGUGACUCCGGAGAUGAAAAUGACCAGAAUGUGCAUGUAUGCCGACAGUUCCAGCAUAACGUAAAAUACCUGAAGAUUUUGUGUAAUCAGUCUUUGGAGGCAAAUCGCAAGAACUUUGUCCGAAUUCUGCACAACCUACCUGAAUCAGGAACGGAUCUUUUGAGUCUUUCCAUAGUGUGCACUGGCGAAAAUCCUUUCUUCUAUUCUGGACAGGAUUUGCUGCAAAGUGUCAAAGGUUUAUUCAAAACAGACUCUUGUUUACAUCUCCGACACAUUGACUUCCGAAAAAUGCCUUUCACAUUGGAUGAUGGCACCAUUCAACUUGUCACCAGCAGAAGUCCAUGUUUGGAGAGUUUAUUCAUCAAUAAUAAGACAUUUGUGUGUAAGGUGACUUCAGAAACCCUUCAGGAGGCCCUGACGCAUUGCCCAAAUCUAUCUGCUCUGGGAUUGUUUUAUGCGAGCCUGACAGAAAAUGUCCUUGCAGAGCUGCUGAAUGCCAAGCGCCCACCACUGAAAUUCCUUCAGUUACAGUGUGAGCGUAUGGAUAAAUAUAACCCACCCAUCCCAGCUAAGAUGUGGAUUGCUAUGGCAAAGAGACACCCAACUCUUUCUGUGGACAUGGAAUUGGACCAUACAGUCCCUGCUAAGAAAAUACCCCAAAUCCUGCAGCCUGAUAUCCCAAUGGCUAGUAUAGAAUUAAACACCUUCACAUUUAUGGUGGAGCAGGUCAACUUUAUCUCUGAGAAUUACCACAACACUUUGAAAAGGGUGGUUCUGCAAACAACAUCUUCUGAUGAACUGAACCAGGCUUUGAUGAGACUGGCAUCUUACUGCCUGUUAUUGGAGGAGAUUCAUUGCUAUUGUGUGGUGGCUGGGGAUGUUGUACAAGCUUUCCUCCUCCACUGCCCCAGACUCUGCAAAUACACGCUGAAAACAUCCAAAGAGCCACACCCCUGGCUGCCAGAAAUUCUGCAAUGAAAUGAAGUUGGGAGUUGAGCUGCACUGUUGUCUUCUGACAUAUAAUGGAAUCAUCCAUUGAUUUUGCUGUAUUAAACUUAACUUCAAAAGUG